UAUAUCAAUAUUAUUCUACUAACCGUUCGUCUUUAAUUUUGUAUAAUUUUUGAAUAAAAUAUUAAAUGCCGUAUAAUUUACCUUUUUUCAUUUUCUCUGAGGAUCUCGCAUUGUCUAAAUCAAUUAUAUGUUAUAAAUAAGCACGAAUUAUAGAUAUAAAAUCCUAUUCAUCUUUUUGAAUCUAUAAAAAAUACUUGUUUAUCUUAUCAUAUGUAAUAUAAAUCACAUGUUUUACCCUUUAAGGGAUCUGAAUCAAGCAAAAUUGCAUUAAUCAGUCUAGUGUUAUAAAUAAUUUAUUAACGGUGUCAUUACAUUGUGUAAUAAAUUAAAAUAUUAUUUUUAUCACCAGACGACAAAAGUACAUGCAUUUUUUAAAACUAUUUUAGUUACUUAUUGACAAUGGAAUAUUUUAUUUAAUCUUACUGUAAUCGAAAAUUGUGAAUGAAUUAAGAAAAUAGAUCCUAUUAGAAUGCCUGGUAAAGUUAAAGUGCGUGUAUUAGCUGGUCGUAAUUUACCUGUUAUGGAUCGAUCUAGUGAUACUACUGAUGCUUAUGUAGAAGUAAAACUUGGUAGUACAACUUUUAAAACUGAUGUUUGUAGAAAGUCAUUAAAUCCACAAUGGAACUCUGAAUGGUAUAAAUUUGAAUUAGAUGAUACAGAACUUCAGGAUGAACCCCUUCAAAUUAGAAUAAUGGAUCAUGAUACUUAUUCAGCUAAUGAUGCUAUUGGCAAAGUGUAUUUUAACUUGAACCCAUUACUUUUGCCUCAACCAACUGUUAUCCAACUUUCAGGACACCAAACAUUAGCUGAUACUCUUAUUUCCAAUCAAAGUCAAACAACAGGUGGGUCUGUUGUAUCUGGAUGGUUUCCUGUCUAUGAUACAAUGCAUGGUAUACGUGGUGAAGUUCAUAUCAUCAUCAAAGUUGAAUUAUUUUCAGACUUUAAUAAGUUUCGACAGUCAUCUUGUGGAAUUCAAUUUUUUUAUUCUGGAGCCGGUAUUACUGCACAUACAGAAUGGGUUCAUGGUUUUGUAGAAGAACUAGUGGUUGAAGAUGACCCAGAAUAUCAAUGGCUUGAUAAAAUUCGUACACCUAGAGCAACUAAUGAAGCACGACAGACUAUUUUUUUGAAACUUUCAAAUGAAGUACAACGUCGAAUUGGUCUAAAAGUUUUAGAAUUGGGUGCUAAUGCAGUAAUUGGAUAUAACCAAUAUUUUGAUUUGGAAGGAGAAUCUGGCAUUGUAGUCCGUGGGAUUGGCACUGCUGUUACUUUAGUACGACAUUUGACUUUACCAUCUGCGAAUUUAAAUUUACCAUCCACAAUUGAUGAUUUAGAAUUUUCUAAUUCAUUUUCUUUAACUGAUUGUGAGAAUUUUACUAGCUCAUUAACUGAUAAUAAAAAAGAUUUAAUUGUGAUUAAUAAAGUCUCUCCACAUCUAAUAAAAUCUAAUACUGUUCAUUUUGCUGAGCUUUCAAGUAUGAAAAGUAUGUUUGAUCAAGAAAAUAUGCGUAGAUCUAAAUCUAAAUGUCAUAAUCGAUUUUUAAAAGCUAUUACUUUUCAAAAUUCUCAUCAUAAACAUAAAAAAAAACAGAAGUAUUCUGUAUCAGUUGAUUCUGUAAGUUCUUUGUCUGAUCAUGAUCCCCAUUAUAAUACUUGUAACUCAGCUUUGGGUUUUUUGGCACAAGCUACAUUGGAUAUUAAUUCUUCAUUUGAACUACAAUCUGAUUUUGAAGAAAUGAGAGCUCAACAUUUUAAAAGACAACUUAUAAGGCAGUCAAGUAUUGAUACUCUAGCUUCUAAAUUGUCUUUAGAAUAUUUAUUUUGUGGUGAUACACAAAAAAUAUCAAAAAAUAAAAAUUUGUUACCUCAUAUUAUUCUACAAUCAUCAAGCUCAUUAAAUUCAUUUUCUGAUUCUACAGCUGAAUCUGAAAUUGCUAUUGGUUAUGAUACCUUUAAUAAACUUCACAUAAAAGAUAUCUCUCCUAGUAUAUCUGAAAACCCUUCAUGUUAUGCUGAUUCUUCUGAUUCUGUAGAUCGUGAUUCUGAUGACCUACUGAGCACUACCCCUGAACCCUUAUCUCGAGAUAUCUGUACACCACCGCUUUCAAGGAUUGUAUCUAACAACAAAGAAACUACUCCACCGCUUUCAAAAAUUGUUUAUUUUAGCAACACUAAAUCAAGUUUUCAUAGUCCUUUAACAGAUAUAUCCAGGAGUGUGUCACCUUGUAACUCUAGUAGUUUUAGUAAUUCACAGAACACAAUUUUACACAACACACCACCUCUACCAAUGUUAGAUAAUAUUCAUGUAGAAUGUGCAAUUAACAUUGAACCUAGUGUAAUAGAUUCUGAUGAAAAUGAGUGUUAUGCUUUCUCUAAAAAUAUAACUGCAUCCAAGUGUUCUUCGCAUGCUUCUAACUGUGAUGAUAGGAAUGGAGAAAUGGCUGAGUCUCCAGUAAAAGCCACACAUCUUCAAAUGCAUCGGAGGUCUUCUGAUUCUGAAAUCAGUAGUGUACAAAAAGGUACUAGUUUGGCAGGAAGUGGAGGUUCAACAACAAGCUCUUAUCGUACUUUAGGACAUCCAAUGUUUCAUCGUUCAAUUCUAAGUAAAGACACAUUAGAUGCAAUGGAAUAUCCAUUCUUAACAAUGACCAAAUAUCCUCCUGGCUUUAUUUUACACCUUGGUGGUAUGGUAAAUGCAAAAUCAGUUAAAUUAUUAGAACGCAUGUCAAAUAUGGAAGAACCAGAGAGUAGAGAUGCAUGGUGGAGUGAACUUAGACUUGAAAUGAGAUCUCAUGCUCGAGCUUUGUCUUGUAAUGUUGUGCUGGGCUACUCAGAACAUACUUCAAUAUGUGAUGAUGUUUGUGUACUUAGUGCUACAGGAACAGCUGCUAUAGUGAAUUUAAUACCUUCUGUAAAUCCUGGUGGAUACUAUUCUAGUAUUUAUCCUAAUACAUCACUAGCUGAAACUCAAGAAACCACAAUAUCUUGUAGUAAUAAACCACAUAAACAUUCUAUUAGUGGAAGUCACGAAAAAUUAGAUUCAUUACCAUGUUCAAUUUGUCAUAUUCCAUACAAUGAACUAAGUGUACCUUUUUCUAUGAAUAUGAAGUAUUGUUCAGUUUGCAAACGGCAUAAAGUUCCUCAUAUUCUUUUAUCUUCGUUGGAACCUAUGGAAAGGCUUUCCAUAAUUGGUACUGGAACUUUACUGCAAACUUUUGUAUGUCGUACAAAACGUGAUCUUAAAGGAGAAUUAAAUGCAAAAGAAAUAUCAGAUGGCUUACCAUUUUUAGAAUAUGAACUUCAUAGUCAGUUAUUAAAUAAAUUAAGAGUAAAAGGAAUGAAUGCUAUUUUUGGCCUUAAAGUUCAAGUUUGUCUUGGAGAACGGGUAGUGUCUUUACAUGCUACUGGUACUGCAAUGUAUUUAGCUUGUUUACCAGAACCUCCAUUACCACUGGUAAAAGCUGGCAAGUCUUGGGCUCAUCCAGAUCAACAACAAGUAUUACAUGCUCAAAAGUUAUUAAAUGAAGCAGUGUUAAACAAUCGUCAACACUACCAUCUUUUACAAAAAGAUGUUGAAACUGAUAAUAGUUCACUAAAUAUUCUUGGAAAAAAUUUGCCUGAUAUAAAUUUGAGUUAUGGAAAUAGAGAUACAUGCAUUUUAGAGAUGGACGAUGCAGAAGAUGUUGAUGUUGUUACUCAAUUAUUGGAACCUACUCCUCCUAAUUCAUUUUUGCUUUCAAAUACAGAUAUACUUCCUGGAACUGGUUCUGAGGUUUUUCCCAUGGAACCUGUUUGUAAUCUACAGAUGUUCACUCAAGUUUGGCGAUCUAAAGCACAGUAUACUAAUGGAAAUUUUGACAAACAACUUCAUAGAAUGCUUCAAGGUUUAUAUUUUAAACUUAGAAGAAUGACUCCAUGUGGUUUAGGUAAACUGUCAUUUAAAAUAGAUGUUCCUGAACCUGAUGAAUUGCAAAUAUCUAUUGUUGGUAUGGCGCUGGGAUUAGGCGAAUCUGAUAAAACUACUGUUAAACAAAUUUUAGGACGAAGACAAAUACCCGUAAUAGAUAUUGAACAAAAAACUGAUGAGCCCAUUUUUAAGUUAGAAGAAGAGCUUCCAAUAAAACAAACAGAUAAAAAAUUUAGAAAAAUGGAAAGAACUGCCAAACAAAAUAGACUUUCUACACAUGCACCCCCUAAAGACAAAUAUGGUGUGGAUAUUACACCAAUGACUUACAUACCUGGUGCUAAAAUUGAACGAUAUCUUGGAAAUUUGAAUUUCUUUUUUAUUCGUGAAAGCACGUGUUUAAGAGAAAGUGGCGGUUUAAGUGGAUUUGUUCAUUGUUUUGUUGCUGAAGUUAUGGCUAUUGUUCGCGCACAUGUAACAGCAUUGGGGGGUAAUGCAAUGGUAGCCUACUUCAUGAAUGAAUGCAUUUUACUUAAUAAUCCUCACAAAAAUCAAGGCCAGUGUUUACUUAAUGUUGGUGGUGAUGUUGUAGAAGUAUCAUAUUAUAGUGAUGAAUAUAAUGAAAAAUAAUUUUAUUGUAUGAUUUUGUAUUUUUAUUAUUAUUAUUAUUUUUAUUUUUAUUAUUAUUAUUAUUAUUAUUUUAGUUUAUUUUGUGUUAUACAUUAGUUUGAUAAUACUGUAUUAUAAUUAUAUUAGUAAAUAUUUUGUAGCUUAA